AUGUUAUCAGAAUAUGAGAUUCUAGAAGAGUUGAAUGCUAUUACCGAUGAUAUGGCAUUCGAUUCGGAAGACGGUGGAGAUUCUGAUGCAGAAGACUAUACCACCAAUGUAAAUAACUCUCUAAAUAAACAAGUUUGGCAUUUAUCUACCAGAUCAUCAGGUUCUAGUAUGACUGAAACUGAAGUGCAUGUGCCUAAUGUAGAAAAUAUCGAACAAACAAAUAGUAACAUUCCUUCUACUUCUCAAAGUAAAUUUUAA